AUGGACGUCAUCGAGACGAUAGUUGCUCCAAACUCCGAGGGGGAGGGGAAGGAAGCCGUGGGGUCCAGCGUGGACUGUGACAAAUCCAAAGCAGAGUUCGUCUGGACGCUGCAGGCCACCUGGCACCUGGUCCACGCCCGGCUGGACAUGGACCCGGCCUUCGACCAGCCCGUGUGCAAGAAGAAGAAGCUCUGGGAGCUGGUGGCCGAGAAGGUGAACCAGUCGCUGAGGGAGUCGGGGGCGGGCGACGUGAGCGUGAAGGCCUACGAGUGCGACCUGAAGUGGAGGAACAUGCUGGCCACCUACCGGAAGAACGCGGAGCGGGCCAAGCGUCUGGGGGGGGGCAGCGUCCACUGGGAGUUCUUCCCCGCCAUGCACGAGGUUCUGGGGAAGAGCAGGGAGGAGAUGGAGGCCCAGCGGAGGGCCAAGCUGGGCCAGACCAGGGUGGGGAGGGCCAUCGCCAGGAAGAGGUUCACCCCCAUCCUCCCCACCCCCCCCACGGCAACGGCGGUGGGCCCCGGCCCCCCCCGGCCGCCGCAGGACGUGCUGCAGCUGUACAUGGAGCUGCAGGAGAGGAAGAUGAACAUGUGGGCGCAGCAGAAGGCCCUGGAGGAGAGGAAGAUCGAGGCCAUCAACAACCUGGCGCAGGCCAUCUCCAGCCUGGCCCAGAGGGACGGCCCCAAGGGGCCGGAGGACGGACACUAA